AUGUCAGCAGGAGGUGCUUUGUUUGGUAGCGCAGCCGCGGGUCCAGAUUCAACUGGUGGAAACGAACAUUUAAUAAAAGUACGAGCAGGAAAACUGAAUUUGAGAGGAAAAACAGUGACAUCAGAUAAACGUAAAGGGUUAUUGUAUGUGUAUCAAACUGAGGAAUCUUUGAUGCAUUUUUGCUGGCAGGAUCGAACCACAGGAGUAGUCGAAGAUGAUUUGAUGAUCUUUCCUGAUGACUGUGAAUACGUCACGGUCCCUCAGUGUAUCACAGGCAAGGCAUUCUUGUUGAAAUUCAAGUCUUCUGAUAAGAAGUUCUUUUUCUGGUUGCAGGAGCCUAAGACGGAUAAGGAUGACGAUAACUGCAAAAGAAUUAAUGAACUGUUAAAUAAUUCAUCAAGUGAUGUCCAAACUACACCAAAUCCAGAUCAAGAUCUACAAUCCCUUUUGAAUAAUAUGUCUCAGUCGUAGCUGAUGCAGUUCUUUGGAAAUUGUGUAGGUCAAGUGAGUGGUUUGUCCAGUCUCCUAGGAACGAUUAGGGAUCCAAAUAGUGGUAGUGCUCGUACCAAUACCACACCAGCAAUAACUCACCGCACAACAGUUCCGAGCACUCUGAUAACUACAGCUGCUGCCAAUCCAACAACCCCUUCAGUAGGUCUAACCACACCUCAGAGGUCAAUUCCGACAGCUGUUCCUGAUGCUCGUAAACCUAGAACUAUUACCAGAACUCCUGAUACUGCUUCACCCUCUUCCUUUGCUAAUCCAAUUCAGCUGUCAGACUCACAAAACUUCUUGUCUGGACUUUCUACACCAGUAGCAAGUGCUGAUGACACUCAACAGCAAUCAGUGAAUAUAUCAACUGCUUCAAAUACUGAGACACUGUCUGGUAUUCUGAGUAGCCCCGCAACCCUUGAACAAUUACAAGGUCAUCUGCCUGCAGUUGAUGGUUAUCCACAACAAGCUCUUUGAUCCACAUUGGCUUCACCACAGUUUGUAUCUCAGUUCUCCAGUGCUCUAGAAUCUGGUUAACUCGGUCCAAUAGUGUCUCAAUUUGCUGUCAAUACUGAAGCCGUGACCGCAGCAGCCCUGGGCAACAUGGCGAAUUUUAUGAAGGCGUUGGAAAGUAGCGGAUCCUCUACUGAAGCCGGUAAAUCUGCUGAAAAUAAAGAUAAGGUCAAGGAUAAGACCACCAAGAAGGAUGAUAAGAAAGAUGACGAUGAACAUAUGCAACUUGACUAAA